AUGUCCAUCUGUGUGACUGUGUGUGUCAGACCGCAGGGCACCUGUGGGUCCAGAAAUCUGAUUUGUGGUGUUGCAUCACAAAGGGGUCUUUGUUUGACUGCAGCAGGUGCAGUGGUAGAUGGGAAGGUAGAUGGGAGAAAAGCAGCAGCCAAAGCCGGUACAGGGGUUAGAAAGAGGGGUGUGGAUGGACGGGUGCGGAGCUUUGAGGAGAUCCCCCAUACAGGGAGGAGCGGCUGGGUCAAUCUGGUGAAAUUCUGGAGAGAAGAUCGUUUCCGGCUGCUCCACAAGCACAUGGAGAGGACCUUCAACACCCUCGGCCCUAUCUACAGGGAGCAUGUGGGCACCCAAAGCAGUGUGAAUAUCAUGUUGCCGGUCGACAUCAGUGAACUGUUCCGCUCAGAGGGCCUCCACCCCAGACGGAUGACCUUGCAGCCCUGGGCCACACACCGAGAGAUACGGCAGCACAGCAAGGGAGUCUUUCUCAAGUCAGUAGCACACCUGAACGGAGAGGAGUGGCGAGCAGACCGUCUACUGCUCAACAAGGAGGUGAUGAUGAGUGCGGCCGUAAAGCGUUUUCUCCCCCUCAUUGAUGAAGUGUCGAGUGAUUUCUCUCGAAUGCUGCGGGACAAAGUGGAGAGGGAGGGGAGAGGAGAAGAGGGGAGACGCAGUUUGACCAUCGAUCCAAGUCCUGACCUUUUCCGCUUCGCACUGGAAGCCAGUGGACACGUGCUCUAUGGGGAGCGUAUGGGCCUCUUCUCUUCAUCUCCUUCCCUGGAGUCUCAGAAGUUCAUUUGGGCUGUAGAGAGAAUGCUGGCAACCACCCCCCCUCUCCUUUACCUGCCCCCUCGCCUGCUACUGCGCAUCGGCGCUCCCCUGUGGACACAGCAUGCCACUGCAUGGGACCAUAUCUUCAGCCAUGCUGAGGCGAGUAUCCAGAGGGGGUACCGGCGCCUGUCAUCUCCCCGGGGUCAAAGGUCUGAGGAUGGGACAGCUGGAGGCUUGUACCCUGGCGUUCUGGGCCAACUCAUGGAGAAAGGGCAGCUAUCUUUGGACCUCAUCAAAGCUAACAUCACUGAGCUGAUGGCUGGAGGAGUUGACACGACAGCGGUGCCCCUGCAGUUUGCUCUGUUUGAGCUGGGCCGCAACCCUGAGGUGCAGGAGAGUGUGAGGCAGCAGGUGAGGGCAUCAUGGGCACAGGCUGGUGGUGACCCUCACAAAGCCCUGCAGGGGGCACCACUGCUGAAAGGCACAAUCAAGGAGAUUCUCAGGUUAUACCCGGUGGGAAUCACAGUUCAGCGGUGUCCAAUCAGAGAUAUCGUUCUUCAGAAUUACCACAUACCUGCUGGGACGAUGGUCCAGGCCUGUCUUUACCCCCUGGGGAGGAGUGCAAAGGUGUUUGAAGAUCCACAGCGCUUUGAUCCUGGCCGUUGGAGAAGCAAAAGAGAUGAGGACCAGAGAGGAGAAGGGACGGCGUUUCGCUCUCUGGCGUUUGGGUUUGGGGCGAGACAGUGUGUCGGGAGGAGGAUUGCUGAAAAUGAGAUGCAGCUCUUACUCAUGCAUAUCCUGCUGAGCUUCCGUCUCAGUGUGCCAUCUUCAGAAGACAUCAAAACCAAAUACACCCUCAUCCUCCAGCCUGAGACUCCACCAAGGAUCACAUUCAGCAAGCUCUGACACACACACACACACACAUGCACACGUGCGCUGGAAUAUGCACGCACACACACAGAACAUAAGUCAGUCUGUGUUUAAC